UUGACGAUAACAAAUGCGGAUUCGCCUCACCCUUAAAAGAAAUCAAAUAAUUUAUUCCAAAACAAAAAAAGAAGAAAGAAAAUAAAUGUUUAAAAAAGUAAAUCAAGUGAAUCAUAAAUGGAGAGAAGAAAUUAAAAUAAUUUUAACAUGGAAAGAAAUUAAAUUAUGUUAUUGACUAGUAAGCAGAAGUGGCAUGAUAUAAACCAUAAUCCGCCACCUUCUCGUGAUUCAAUCUACAAAUUCAUGUGCAGAAUCCCUUCUUUGCUUCCUACUAAUCAGAUAGAGUUGGUUUUGGGUUAGGAUAAGUGGGGAUUUAUGUAUAUGUUGAACUUGUGUGCUUGAUAAGAAGAUGAUACACAGCAAAAUCGAUGGUUUGAGCGCGAUUUUGCCUUUGCUGAAGCUACUCUGCCUUACAUUAAUCGGAUUAAUUCUUGGACACCGGAGAACUCAAAUCGUCCCAAAAGCUACAUUCAAGCUACUGAGCAAGCUCGUAUUCGCUCUCUUCCUGCCCUGCCUCACUUUCAUCCAUUUAGGGCAAUCCAUCACGGUCGAGAACAUUAGGCAAUGGUGGUUCAUUCCUGUCAAUGUGUUAGUGAGCAGUGCAGUAGGUCUGGUAUUAGGGGUGUUAGUAGUGAUCAUAUGCCGCCCCCCUCCUCAAUAUUCUCGUUUCACGAUCACCAUGACGGCCUUUGGGAAUACCGGAAAUCUGCCUCUUGCUAUAGUUGGCUCUGUUUGUCAUGGUGAGGGGAAUCUGUUUGGACCCGACUGUAAGAAGAAAGGGGUGGCGUAUGUCUCUUUCGCCCAGUGUGUCUCCGUGAUUCUCGUGUACACCGUCGUGUAUCACAUGAUGGAGCCCCCGUUGGAGUAUUUUGAGAUGGUCGAAGGGGGUGAGAAAGAGGAGCAGCAAAGCUCGGUUGAGUUGAGUGAAUCCCUGUCCGGUGUUGAAGAUCAAGAAACUCAAGAUUGCAAGACUCCUUUCGUUGCUACCAUUGAUGAUGGUGUUCGAGCUGUUGAGGCCGAUAGGAAGAUGAGAAUCGUAGCUGAGCAAACUCCGAUCCAGCAUAUACUUCAGCCACCAACAGUGGCUUCUUUGCUAGCCAUCAUAGUCGGCAUGAUCCCCCAGAUAAAAUCCUUCAUCUUUGGAUACGACGCUCCACUUUCUGUGAUCUCCGACAGCUUGGAGAUCCUGGCCGGUGCCAUGGUCCCAUCCGUCAUGCUCAUCCUCGGAGGGAUGCUGGCCGAGGGGCCAGAUGAUUCCAAACUUGGUAGACGCACGACUAUUGGCAUCAUUUUAGCAAGACUCUUGGUUCUUCCUCUUGUGGGAAUUGGAAUAGUGGUGUCCUCGGAUAAGCUUCAUUUUCUUGUCGGAGACGACCAAAUGUACAAGUUCGUGCUCCUACUGCAGUAUGCAACGCCAAGCGCGAUUUUAUUGGGAGCUAUCGCCAGCUUGAGGAGCUAUGCGGUAAGAGAAUCAUCAGCCCUUCUUUUCUGGCAGCAUUUGUUGGCUAUGUUUUCCCUCUCGUUGUAUGUUGUUGUAUACUUUAAUUUUGUUAUAUAGUUGCAGAAAGUAAUUUCUGGCUCACCAUAAAUUAGUAGAUACUAAUACUCUUUAUGUAAAUUUGGACGGUUGAGAUUGAUUCCUGGUUCGAAUUUUGUUCUUGAUGGCUGUUUCUUUUCCAUCUUCUGAGAGAGCAUUGAGAGGGGAAAUGAUUCUUGGAGGUUUCUUUCUAUAUGACUCAUUUUGUUA